AUGGGUAAAGUUUAAAAUUAAUGAACUAUUAGGGGUUGGUUGACUUGCAUGCUAGCAGAGCCUGUUCUCAGACAGAGGGGACAGGGAUCUGGACUUAUGCGGUGUGCUCCACAGAGGCCGGGCUCACCUUAAACCAACCAUGGCAAGCAGUCCCAGAGACCAGCACCACCCAGGCCCUUUCUCUUUAAAUAAGUAUCAUGUGUCUGAGGAGUAUGGCUUUGUCCUUCCUGCACCACUGACAGACCUCCCUCAGUAUUACCAGCCCUGGAUGCAGAUUGCCAGGCAGCUGACUGAACUCAUUGACAGCCACUCACUGCGCUCGGAAGUCCACAAGAUGCCUCAGCUGGAUACCUGCUACCUACAAACACACAGGGAGCUGAGACUGGCACAUCUGGCACUCAGCCUUCUGACAAUGGGCUACGUGUGGCAGGAGGGGGAGGAGGGCACAGUGAAGGUAUUACCCCAAAACCUGGCUGUCCCAUACUGGGAGGUUUCCCAGCGCCUGGGGCUCCCUCCUAUCCUGACGCACGCAGACGGGGUCCUGGCCAACUGGAGGAAGACCAACCCUGAGGGCCCUUUUGAGAUGGAGAACCUGGAGCUGAUUUUGACUCUUCCAGGAGGGGACAGUGUCAGAGGAUUUUUCCUGGUGACCCUGCUGGUCGAACUGGCCGCUGUCCCAGGUGUAAAGGCGAUCCCCAGGAUGAUUAACAGCAUGCUACAGCAAGACAAGCAGACUGUGCAGGCUGGGCUUAACGACAUCACUCAGGCCCUGAAGAACAUGACUGAUGCUAUCAGACUUAUGCAUGCACAUGUUGACCCAGCUGUGUUUUAUGGGAUCAUGCGUCUUUAUCUCUCUGGGUGGAAAGACAACCCCCUCAUGGCAGAAGGGCUGGUGUAUGAAGGGGUGCGCACAGAGCCACUGCAGUAUUCGGGGGGCAGCGCGGCCCAGAGCAGCUUGCUGCACUGCUUCGACGAACUGCUGGGAGUCCAGCACGAACCCGAGAGCGGUGCAUUUCUCACCAGGAUGAGGGAUUACAUGCCCCCCAUGCAUAAACAACUGGUCCAGGACAUCUCGUCUGGCCCCUCCCUGAGGCAGUAUGUCCUGGAUGCCGCUGACCCACAGCUGACGCAGGCCUUCAGCACCUGUGUGUCCCAGCUGCUCUCUCUGCGCAGCUACCACAUCAACAUCGUCAGCCGCUUUAUCACCAUUCCCGCGGCUCGGGCCAGGCAGCUAAAGAACCGGAGUGAAGGUCCUGCCGAAGCCCUGAGCCGAGCCCCCGUCGCCCUGGAAGAGAGGGGCACCGGGGGCUCCGGCAUCAUGAAUUUCCUGAAGAGUGUCCGAGACAGGACCAAAGAGGUCUCCAUCCCCCCUGCCACUCUCUAGUACGAACACCAAUGCGGUGUGGGUCUGGAAUUCGGAAAAGAACUUUUGUUAUCAUCUUAAGGUAUGGGGGGAAGAAACAAGUGGGUGCAACAUUUUCGUCACCCCCCCACUCACUUUGAGUCAUUUUACGCUCAUUUGUAAUGACCUCUUUUUUUAAAUAUAAAUAAGGUUUGAAAACGAAAAUCAUGUGAAACAACUUUAACGUCAACAUUGUUUUUAGAAGGGAAAAAAGUAAAGGUGGUUCUUUUCAAAACUCCUCCUCGAACCUUAAUCUAACCUGAGAAGAUUCACUCCAAUAUUCUAAACCUUUUCAGCUGUUCCCAUUAAAAUGAUGUGAAUGUAAUACUAAAUCACUCACGUCUAUUGCAAGCGCGUAA